CAUAAUACCCAAGGCUUCGCAUCCUCGGCUCGCACAGCCCGUCCGCUCGGGACGACAACCAACGCCGGAUGGGAUGUGGAGUCGUCCGGCGCCGCCGCCGCCGUCACCUUCUCUGACGGCCUCUGGAAAUCAGAGCUCUUGACAAGGAGGAGGAGGAGGAGGAGAGGAAGAUUAAUCCCGCUAAACCGCCUCUUCCCCCUCCCUCUUCUUGCACCUUGCAAGCUGCCAGACGGCCGGGAGAAGCCGAGGAAGCACCGCGGAGUCCGGAAAAAUGGAGAUCAUCGAAACAAGCACGAUUCAGCAGGAGAGGCUCCAAGCUAUAGCGGAAAAGAGAAAGCGCCAAACGGAGAUUGAAAACAAGCGGCGACAGUUAGAAGAUGACAGACGCCAGUUGCAGCACUUAAAGUCAAAGGCUCUAAGGGAGAGAUGGCUGUUGGAGGGAGCUCCUUCAUCCACAGCUGAAGAGGGUGAAGCCACAAAGAAGCUGAUGGAGGAGGACAAUUUGAAGGCCAAGGAACUGGAAGAGAACAUUCAAAGGUUGGAGAAAGAACUGGAACAACUGGAAAAUGGGAUCUCAGCGUCUUCCACCAAAGAGAACAUGGUUGAGGAAACCAGAGUGGUGGCCAAGGAAGAGAAACUACCCCACACGCCGAAGACUCCUCUAGGCUCAGCCAAAGCAGACAACAAAAUCUCCAACAGCCCUGUAAAAGUGGUGGAAGGCAAAGGCAGUGGAUUGAUGAAAGCAGCUAUGUACUCUGUAGAGAUCACUGUGGAGAAGGACAAACUCACGGGGGAGACCAAAGUCCUGUCCAGCACCACUAGACUACCCAAAGAGAACUCAGUUCAGGGAGUCAAAGUGUACGAGGACGAGCUGAAAGUGGUCCACGCAGUCCAUGCAGAAGAUGGGGCUAUUGAAAACGGCCUCCACCAGCUCAGCUCAUCUGAAGUGGAUGAGCUCAUCCAUAAGGCCGAUGAAGUUACCCUGAGUGAAGUCUCUGAGAAGGCUGCCAAAGAGGCCCUAAGCAACCUCCCAAGCCAGAAGGUCACCCCACGGAAGGAAAUCACAGGUGUGCAGGCUAAACCAAUGGAGAGUCCAAAGCUACUGGCUUCCAGUGAUGGCCCAGAGCCCAGCAAAGAACAACCCGUCACCAUGAUCUUCAUGGGCUACCAGAACGUGGAAGAUGAAAAUGAGACCAAAAAAGUGCUGGGGCUCGAGGGAGAGCAAAUCAAGGCAGAGCUGGUGGUGAUAGAAGAUGCUGAGAAUAAACCGGCAGGAGAUUAUACAGCAGAUCAUGCCCCACCUAAUGGCAGCGCGAUGGAACCCUUGGCUCAGAAGGAGGAGAACCAAACUGGGGCACAGCCAUCAGCCAAUGACACGGACCCCAAAGGAGCAGAUCAGGAUCUUGACAUGAAGAAACAGCGUUGUAAAUGCUGCUCGGUUAUGUAAGAGGCCCUUGCCAAGCCCCACCCUCAACUGUACAGCCAAUCAGGACUGCCUUUUCCCAUCACUCUCACCUGGACACCUUGACUCCGCCUCUCCGGUUAUCUUCUCAAUUCUACAAAGGUCUGAGUUCAAAGUGUUGCUAUUUUUACUUAGCAAGAUGUGCUAUUUGCAUCCCCCAUGGAUUUUCCCCCCUUAUUUUCAAGUGACUGGGGGAAUAUAAGUGCAGUGCUGGUGAAAUCGUGUAAAAUAGCCAACAAUGACACCAAGAUGCCAGUCUGAUUUUUCCCUGCCUCCAUUAACAUCUUUAUUCUUUAUUUCAUAAAGGAACAGACAUAAAAUUUAAUGAUUUAUUUCUUCAAGUGAUUCCCCACCUUAACAAUUCAGCCCCAUUUCUAUUUUCUGAAAUAUUUGAAAAAAAAUUAAUUGAUCAAGGAAGGAGACUCACAGUUCUUGGCUCCCUCUUGAGAUUUCUGAAUCUUUUGAAAUCCAGUUAUCUUUGAUAUCUCCCAAAGUCCUUCAUAAUCUUAACUUCCUAAGUUCCUUAAGAAUACUGAUGGUAAAAAUCUUCUACAAUGGGAGUGUUAAGAUCAGAAACAAGCAAAUCAAGUUUUUCACAAGCUUUAAAAAUAGGUCAACCCAUUUUUUGCGCACAACAGAACUUGGUCCUGAUCCAAAGCAUCCAGAUGUUGGAAGCUGGUUUCACCUCCAAAAUAAUUCUACAACAUCUCCACAAGAAAUUAUUGCCUUUCUUUUCCUGUUGAUUGGAAGAACUUUGACAAGGUUGUAAUUGUUGAGCUUUAAAGCUCUGAAAAAGCUAGGUUGAUUUUGAUUCUUGUAUAUUUUCUUUUUUUCCAAAUGCCAUGAUGACUCCUUCUCUGGACUAUAAGACUCUAGGACUAUGGUUGAUGUUCAAGUAGAGUUUAUGAUUCAGUGAGCAGUCCCAGUCCAAGAUAAGAAUUAUUGACACUAACUGUAUAUUUUGUGGCUGCUAGACCAGUCUUCCCCAACCCAGGACUUACGCAUUGGACCAUUUGGCUACAGAUGAUGGGAGCUGUCAUCUAACACAUCUGAAGGGCAUCCGGGUUGGGAAAAGAUACAGUGGAUUCUAUCAGUGGAGCAGAGAGCUGUGCUGGACUGUCAGGUGCUCAGCACCAGACAUUCAGGAGUCUCAGAUCCCAUCAACCCAUGUUCCCGCCAAUGGCUAGAGGCAGAAGAACAGUCCAGUGAAAGGCCCAGACUAGAUUGCUGGGGGGAUGGAAGGGUCACAAAGUUCACUGAAGGAGACGUAAGAAGCAAAAUGCAUUUAAAACCAACAAUAAGCAAAGAAACAGGAUGGAAUAUAAUUUAGAUGCAAAAAGGAGAGAUUCCCAGUCAUUCACACGAAGUGGAGAAUAGUGAAGUUGUAGAACAAUUAGAAUUGGUGAUAGCUGGUUGGCACCAUGGUACCUGAUAAGCUGCGCCAAUGAGGAACUUCUCUGAUAUCAAUUAAGAGGGGCAUUGUUCUGAAAAUACCACUUCCUUCUGUCUGCUCCCCCCUCCCCCAGUCUUUUAAGGAAAAAGUGCCCUUGAUACUAUUAGAUAUGUAACAACAAGACUUCCCCUCCCUCAUCCUUAUCUUUAUCUUGGCCUUUCCCAUUUCUAUUUACAUCCUUUAAAAGGUUCUUCAGUUCAAGGCUGCUUCACAAACAUUUCUUUUAAAUUGUGGUGGUUGGAAUUUUUGUCUCGGAGAAGAGGUUUAUCAGAUUCAAAAGGUGCUGACAAUCUUGUCCCCUAAAGAAACUAGAGUCUGCCACACGUCUCUGCUCCCAUUCCUGAGAUGUUACAACCUGAAGUGCCAAAGUAAACAGUUCCACCUCAGCUCCUGAGACAAAUGACACAAGAAAUAUUUAGAUUUCACUGGAGCAACCUUCUCUGAUCUCACACUCCCCAGAUGUAUAGGAACCAUAGCUCCCAGACUCCCACCUGGCAUAGAUCUGCCAACCUAGAAUUCUGGGAAUUGUAGUCAUAGUAAGUCUGGAGGGUUCCAGAUUGCAGAAGGCUUAUCCCACCCAUUUGAAUUCAGAA